UAGCCGUUAGCUCCGAAGCCCGCACAACAGCAACAAAAACAGGCUGACGGAGUAGAUAAACCCGGUGAAGAGGAGGACAUGAGUCCUGGGGAGGACCAUCGGGAAGCGCGGUGACCAGACAGAGACUCUGCCACCGCUUUAGCCCAUUUUCAGGACCAUGCCCUCAGGCCUUUCUUUCCUCCACUUUUAGAGACAGAACCACUUAUCCAAGAUGGGCUUUGGUCGGGAUCUGAUCAACUCCCAUGAGGGUUUACUGAAGCUGCAGGACUGGGAAUUGAAGAUGCUGGAGACGGUGAAACGCUUCAUGACGUUGCGGGUGAAGAGCGAUAAAGAGUAUGCCGCCCUGCUGCUCAGCCUGACUCAGCAAACCGAGAAGCAGGAAGCUGCUGACUAUGUGAGCACAGUCAGCAAGUCGUGGUCACAGGUAAUUCGUCAGACGGAAGCGUUAGGUCGUAUUAUGAGGAGCCAUGCAGACGAUCUGAACUCAGGCCCACUGCACCGCCUUGCUACGCUGAUUCGGGAUAAGCAACAGGUGAAAAAGAGCUAUCAGAGUCUUCAUCAGCAGCUGGAGAGCCACAACCACAAGGUAACCAAAAGUGACCUGGAGAAGCUAAAGACCUCCUAUCGUCAACUGAGCCGUGACGCCAACAAUGCCAAAGAGAAGUACCGAGAGGCAUUAUCCAAAGGCCGGGAAGCUGAGCGUGCCCGUGAACGCUACGAUAAAGCCACAGCAAGACUUCACAACCUCCACAAUAACUACGUAUUGGCAGUGUGUGGUGCACAAACACAGCAGGACAAACAUCGUCAGCAGGCGGCGCCCGCACUGCUCGAUGCGCUGCAGAGGAUGCAGGAGGACAUGACGCUGGCACUUAAAAGUAUUCUGGAGGAGUACUAUGAGAUCAGCAGCCUGCUGACAGAAGAGAUCGUUAAAGUCCAUCAAGAGAUUUCAGCGGCUGUUCAGCAAAUUGAUCCGCUUGCAGAGUACCAGCACUUCAUUGACGCUUACAGGUCUCCAGUGCCCCCAGAGGCAAGCGUGGAGUUCGAUGCGUCUUUAUUGGAUGAGACGGAUAACAUCCCAGCCAAUGAGAUCCUGUGGAACACGCUGACAGCGGACAGCUUGCAGAACACGUUAUCAUCAAAGACAGAGGAGCUGAUGCUGACUCAAAAGAACCUACAGGAAAAGGAGACAUUAGCCAACGACCUGGAGACCAGGAUCCAGACAAGUCAGCAGAGUGCCGAGAGGAAGAGCGACUGUGUCCUGCUGCUGAGUCAGAAACUAUCCCUCCUCGAGCUUCGUCAUACUGUCCAAUCGCUGCGCAGCUCUGAGGCUUGCCUCCUCUCCCAGAAGGCAUUGCUGGAUGCGAAGAUGACCGCUGCGGUUGCUUCCCCACCGCCGCCAGCACUGCCAGUGCUGCAAUAUGAGGAUGACACUCGUUCAGUCUCAUCAACUGACAAGAUGAAGGAGAAGAGCUCUCGGUUCGACACUCUGCGUUACUCGUUGGCUGGUAUUAUCCGAUCUCCUAAAUCCAUGCUGGGCUCCUCCACCUCGCAGCAGUUCUUUGACGUGAUUCCCACGUCAGAGCGCCCCCUUGCAGAGCAGGAGUGGUACCAUGGAGCCAUCCCCCGCACAGAGGCUCAGGAGUUGCUACGACAACAGGGAGACUUCCUGGUAAGGGAGAGUCAUGGUAAACCUGGCGAGUACGUCCUGUCGGUGUUUUCUGACGACCAGAGGCGGCACUUCAUCAUCCAGUACGCUGAUAGUCAAUACCGGUUUGAAGGGUCGGGCUUCCCCACUAUUCCUCAGCUCAUCGAGCAUCACUUCUCUACCAAACAGGUCAUCACUAAGAAGUCCGGAGUCGUUCUGAUGAACCCUGUCGUCAAGGACAAGAAGUGGAUCCUGAACCAUGAAGAUGUGGGGCUGGGAGAGCUGCUGGGAAAGGGUAACUUUGGAGAGGUCUUUAAAGGAACACUCCAACGCGACAAAAUGCCUGUGGCUGUCAAGACAUGUAAAGAAGAUUUACCUCCAGAGCUGAAGAUCCGGUUUCUGUCUGAGGCCAGAAUCCUUAAGCAGUAUGACCACCCCAACAUUGUGAAGCUGAUUGGUGUUUGUACUCAGAGGCAACCCAUCUACAUCGUCAUGGAGCUGGUUCCUGGGGGAGACUUCCUGUCAUUUCUGAGAAAGAAGAAAGAUGAACUAAAGACAAAGCAACUAGUUCGCUUUGCCGUGGAUGCUGCUGCCGGCAUGGCAUACCUGGAGAGUAAAAACUGCAUUCACAGGGACCUGGCGGCCAGGAAUUGUCUGGUUGGAGAAAACAAUGUGUUGAAGAUCAGUGACUUUGGGAUGAGUCGGCAGGAAGAUGAUGGAGUUUAUUCUUCAUCUGGACUCAAACAGAUUCCUAUCAAGUGGACUGCACCUGAGGCACUGAACUAUGGUCGCUACAGCUCAGAGAGUGAUGUAUGGAGCUAUGGGAUACUUCUGUGGGAGACCUUCAGCCUGGGGGUGUGUCCCUAUCCAGGAAUGACCAAUCAGCAGGCUCGAGAACAGGUGGAGAAAGGCUACAGGAUGUCGUGUCCUCAGCGUUGCCCUGACGAUGUGUACAAAGUGAUGCAGCGCUGCUGGCAGUACAAUCCAGAGGACCGGCCCAAGUUCUCUGAGCUGCAGAGAGAUCUUGCCGCCAUUAAAAAGAAGUGAGUGGAGCUAGCCACGCCCUGAGCAGCCUCAACUCCUGCCUGUCUGUAAAGAGUAGGUGGGGCCUGACCUGACUGACUGUUCAGGAAGUGGUGUCACACAUGGGGUCCUGGUUUCCAUCAAACUUGCAGCCACUUCUCGUCAGAUGGUACACAGGUGUACAAGUGUGUUGUUACCAAAGAAACGGGCAACAAGAUGUUAAGAAACACUAAAGAAACCCUGCAGAUGUAAACCAAAUACACACCACAGAGGUAAACAAACGGUAAAACGGUGCCUAAAUAAACAAACACUGCAAAAGUAAACAGACACUACAGAGGUGAACAAAUAAAACAGCUCUAAGUUUCAAAAAGGUUGGUUUUUUUUUUGUUCACAAACAUUUUUUAUAUAAACAAAAUGUGAAGAAAUGCCACUAAGCCCCACCCUCUGAUCUCCUUGACUGUAACCAUGGCAACAGAAGGUUCCAUGUUAAAGCUCCUUCCUGUUUAUUUUAUCUUUUGUUCUCCUUUAUUUAUUGUUUUAAUUUACGGCAGCCAGCUGUCAGUCACCUCAGGCCCCGCCCAGUCUGUCUUUGACUGGUAAAGUUUCCAUUUUACUUUCUUUUGGUUGUCAUGGUAACUGACAGAUCAUGAUUCCUGAUUGGUUGGUAUCAUUUCCUGGGUUGUGUAAGGACAGAGACUAAAUGAGCUCAGAGCACCCCCUACUGUCCUUGUAAAUGAACUCCAAUGUUUUGAUGUUUUCAGCACUAAUCGUUUGUCUUUUAUAAACUUGUUAUAAAAUAUUUGUAUCAUUUAUAAUGAAAAUAAAUCAUAUGACUGCA